CAAACACCCCAACAACGCCGCGCAAACGAGGCCUUUGCAAAGAAACAAGAAGUCAAGCGUGGAAAGCCCGAACCCGCCGUCAAGAAGACCACUCCCCAAAAGAGUCCCAUCAGCAAGUUUUGGCUUUUCGCCUUGCUGUUCGUCGUUUGCGGUGGACUCGUGUUCGAGUUGUUGCGCAUCAUC